AUGGCAGAUAACGACCCGCGGAGCGCGCAGGAACUCUCGCAGUUUGCAGAAAACCUACUACAGCAACUGCAGGAGAACUUUCAAGCUUUGACUGAAAAGUUAACUCUGAGAAUGAAAGAAAUGGGUGAACGUAUUGAUGACCUUGAAAAGCAUGUCACUGACCUAAUGGCACAGGCCGGGAUAGAAAAUACCAAUGAGGAUCUGAUGCACUGAAAAUGAGAACAUACUGAUCAAGAAAUACAGAC